GUGCCACACACACAGGGAGAGGGAACACACACACACACAGACACACAGAGAGAGAUAGAGCGGUGUGUUAACGGGAAUGACCCAAGGAGCUGCGCGGUAAAGCACGGGGGAGCACCGCUUCAGCCCGGCUCAGACGCUAGGCCUCGCCCGGGGCUUCAGCCGCUGCAGGUGGAGUCUGAGUCCCGGCCGCCCCUCUGCAUGGCGGAGCCGUAGCUGCAGCGGGAGAGAGAGAGAGAGAGAGAGGGGGAGACAUGAGGAGAGGCGCAGGAGCGCAGCAGCAGAAAUAACUAGCGGGGGGAAAGCUGCCCAUGCCCGGCCAGCAGCCACGAGCGAGCCAGAGAGAUAACCCCAUCCAUCUUAACCGCGCCGGGCGAGGCUGCUCUCCUCGCCUGCUGAAGUAGGACGAGACGCCGCGGCCGGGGCUGAAAUGAAGACAGCCUUUUCAUCACUUCGGUCCCUCCUGUGGUGUCACUGGGCCAUGGUCCGCAAGAAAGGGACCCUUAUCCUGUGUGGAGCGUUUCUGUUCGUCGCCUGGAAUGCCCUGCUUCUUCUCUUUCUGUGGGGAAGGCCGCCCAUCGGUCGACUGGGAGAGGGAGGCGGAGCCGAACCAGGAGCAGGAGAGGAAUGGGUAGCUGGUAAAGGGAAAAAGGGCGGGGCUAGCGGUUUGGCCGGCGAAGUGAUCCGAUUGGCCGAAGAGGUAGAGUCAGAAUUGGAGACUCAGAAAAAGCUCCUGAAACAGAUACAGAGCCACAGGUCUCUGUGGGAACAGCAUAAAGAUGUGGAUAAAAGAGAGACGGAAGAUGGGAAGGACAAGAAGGACGAGCUUAAAGAGCCUCAGCAGGUGCCCCAAUUACAGUUCUUGGAGGAAAACAAAGUGGACGUGAAAAAAGCACAGAAUCCUGUCGUCACAACCCCCCCACCAGAGGCAAAGCAGGACAAGAACUCAGACGAUGAGAAAAUUCUUUCUUCUGAAAAUAAAGUGGCCCUUACUGACUCCAGCCCUCAACCAGUCAUCCCAAUCUUAGUUAUAGCUUGUGACAGAGUCACGGUGAGGCGGAGCCUGGAUAAACUGAUCCAGUACCGCCCAUCGGUGGAGCUUCAUCCCAUCAUCGUCAGCCAGGACUGCGGUCACGCCGAGACGGCGCGGGUCAUCGGCUCCUAUGGCAGUCAGGUGACCCACAUUAGCCAACCAGACCUCGCAGACAUUCCAGUGCGGCCAGACCACAGGAAGUUCCAGGGCUACUACAAGAUCGCAAGGCACUACCGGUGGGCCCUGAACCAAGUCUUCAACACCUUCAGUUACUCCACUGUGGUCAUUGUAGAGGACGACUUGGAGGUGGCUCCUGACUUUUUUGAGUACUUCCGUGCUCUGUACCCAAUCCUCCGCUCUGAUCCUUCUCUGUGGUGCAUUUCGGCCUGGAACGAUAACGGACGGGAAGGCCUGGUGGACCCAGGCAAGGCUGACCUCCUCUACCGGACAGAUUUCUUUCCUGGACUGGGCUGGAUGCUGCUGAAGGAGGUGUGGGCGGAGCUGGAGCCUAAAUGGCCCAAAGCCUUCUGGGACGACUGGAUGCGUCACCCGGAGCAGAGGAAAGAGCGCUCUUGUAUUCGGCCGGAGAUCUCCAGGACUAUAACGUUCGGCCGGAAAGGAGUCAGUUUGGGUCAGUUUUUUGACCAGUACCUGCGCUACAUCAAACUCAACACUGAAUUUGUGCCUUUCACUACACGGGAUUUGUCUUAUUUGGUCAGGGAGCACUAUGACGACGCCUUCGAUAAGGCGGUGUACAGUGCCCCCUUGGUGAAGGUGGAGGAACUGCAGCAGGGGGGCAGUUUGAAGGGCCCAGGCCCGUUCAGGGUGCAGUAUUCCAGCAGAGACAGUUUUAAAGUACUGGCCCGUAAUUUGGGGGUGAUGGACGACUUGAAAUCAGGGGUUCCCCGCGCUGGCUACAGAGGAGUGGUCAGCUUUCUCUCGCGCGGGCGAAGAGUUUAUCUGGCGCCCCCUGAAGGCUGGACAAAGUAUGACACCAGCUGGAGCUGAGAGGACAGAUUAGGGGCACGGACAGUGAACAGAUAGACUCAGAAUUAUGACAACCAUGCAGGAACAGAGGAAUACCCUCUCAAACCAAAGAAAACAGGCGAGGUGUGAAAGAUUAAAAGAUUAAGGUUAAUGCGUGGUUAAGAGUCAUGAGAUUAUGGCCAAAUUAUAUAGUGAUUUUUUUUUUUUUUUUUUUGAGAAAGGCAACUUUUCUUAUUUUUUUAUUUUAAUGGAGGAUGGAACACUCUGUCACACUGGGAACAACACAAAAGUUGGCACAGCAGUCCUACUAAGAGAAGACCAUAGGGUCCAGUUCUUUCCACAGACAAGACACUGCUCUUCUCAUAAUGACCAGUUCUGCUAAAGUGUCAGUGCAGUAAAAAUGCUUAUUUUUAAAGUUUUCGUCAUGUACCCCAUACAUCAUUAGUGAUCCCAGGCAAGUAUGAUAUCUGAAGAUACAGAAUUAAGUUUUUCUCCCUCUCUCUGUCAUGUUGCCAUUUUUAUUUUUUUUUAUGUAUUAUAUGCAAGCUGAUAAGUAAUUUGUCUGAUGUAUUUUAUCCAGAAUCAUUUUUAAUUUAAUUUUAGUCAUGUUUCACAGGAAGGAGAAGGUUAGAGUUUUAAAGUCUUGCCCAUGGAUUCUUACUGAUUUGCUGUAAUGUUCUUACCUGGUCAGGGAAUUAAACUCUACUCUAAAGUCCCCACAAAGUUGGUGGGGUUUUUACCUACUAGGCUACACCAUUUGAUAAAGUUGACUUGAUCACCUUUGUUAGCUAUAUUAACCUAGAAACUUCAACAUAAUGCAAAAGAAGACAAAAUUAAGCUUAACGAAUAGCUGCAAAACAAACCAUGUGAGAACAGUUUCACGGCUUCACAGCUUAUUGGCCAGAUCUGUCUCAGGCGGGGCUACGGAAGUAAAUACAGGAAGAAGCUCCUGUGUUCUGUUUAACAUAAAGCAGUGGCAGAGAUGGCAUUCAAAUCUGGUAAAUAAACCAGAUUAUUCUGGUUUUGGUAGCACAUGUGAUCGUUGGGUUUGAUUGUGGUCGAAUCAAGUUUGUUUGUUUGGGACCAGCCCCUUUCAAAGAUUCCUUUGGUCUUAAUUUCAGUGUGAUUACUGUAUUCACACCUACCCAAACAAAUAGGCAUCAUGGUGAAACUUUCUAUUUUGAUCUCUUUAAUUGUAUCCACUUUUCUGUUGUUCCAAGUGUGAAAAUAAUUGUGUUGAAGGGUGAGCUAUGUUUUGUCACCACUUAUACUGGAAGUUUUCAGAUUAAAGCUGGAUGCUCUGUGUUUCUGAAGGCAGUUACUGCAGUGAGUUACUGACACUAUACUCAACAAUGUUACUGACAUUUACAAAUGAAGUACAAAGGUCACAAUGGUUGUGCAGUUUGAUGGACGCGUUCAAACAAAAAGAGUCGAUUCAUGAGUUGUACCUUUUUAAAGUAGCACUAUUUUGAUGAAGUUAAGUUUUGUGCCGGGAAUGAUUAGCCUAAAAAGAUUCAUGCAUAUGAAGCACCAAAACUCAUGAUAGACAGAUCCUGUGAUUUUUCUUAUUUUUUCUCUGUUAUUUUUUUGAAGUACAGUACUUGAACCCUUUUUCAUUCUCCUUAUUUUGGGAGAGAUUUCAUUACAUUUCAAAGAUGUCCCAGACGUUAGGUUUGUUGCAAAACCAAUGACCACAGAUAUCGCUUUACAUGUUCUUUCGAAUGCAUUCGUUUCAGUAGGUGGGAUGAGAGGAAACAAAUUUAAUAUAAUUUAAAUAUACUGUUUGUGAGAGAGAGAGAGAGAGAGAAUGAUGUGUUGAGAUGUCUGUAUGAUUAACUAUAAAACCACUGCCUGAUGUGUUGUUUAUAAAUUUAAUACAAUGAGAAUAAAUGAACUAUUUUGAUAUGUCA